UUGUGUAGUCGCUACUGAAUUUUGUUUGGAAACAGAUGCUCAACGAUAAACAAAAUAAUCUUCCGUAAACGGUUUCAGCAUUGAAAACGAUAUAAGUACUACAACAAUAACGCUGACCGAUCAUGUACAACAGCAUUUCGUCAAAACUUCAAUUGAAUACUGUUUAGUGAAUAACGAGCAGUCAGUUAUUAUUUUGCGUAUCGUUUGGAUGACAACAGAUCAGAGAGAACGAGAGAGUUUACCCGGAAUAUAUAGAUAUCAUUGAACGCUGAUUAAAGCUAGCGCAUAGUUAUUCUGUGGAAGUACAUGAAGUAUCACCAAGUGUAACACAUAUACUUUGUUCAACUCCGAAUUUCGGUUACAAAAUUGUCGACAGGAUGGUGGAACAGAAGACAGAAACAAAUAAGAAAAAUGAAACACUUUUCAAAGAGAUGACUUUUGGCAAAAAGAUUCAAUACAUUUACGAUCAUAUAACACUCGAGCCGAUGGUCGCAUGUUUUGUGCUACCAAGUAUGCUGUUAAUGUUGGGUGUGCAGAAUUUGAAUUUGGAAAAAGCGUGUCGUGUGAAUUUAAACUAUAAUCAAACGGUUUGUGAUGCGCUUCGUGUACGGGAUACAGCACAUUAUGCCGAUGAAGAGGUGGCUAUUCAAAAACUUGUCGCUACAAUGACGGGAUGGAAAAUGGCGAUAAACAGUGCGGUUCCGUGCUUACUGAUUCUAUUCUUUGGAUCUUGGAGUGACCGACAUGGAAAACGAAAACCGUGUAUCUUAAUUCCACUAUGCGGACAAAUAAUGAUGGCAUUCUCACUACUGUUGUGUGUUUAUUUCGACAAAACACCCAUUGAAGUAGCGAUUUUCGUAGAAGUUUUCUUUCCCUGCAUAACAGGAAGCCAUUUCACAAUGAUGGUGGGCAUUUUCAGUUACAUGGCCGAUAUCACAAAGGAAAAGGAACGAACUGUUCGUAUCGGAAUCAUUAGUUUAGUCUAUUCUGUUGGUGUUCCUUUUGGAAUGGCAUUCAGCGGAAUUUUGCUCAAGAGAGUUGGAUUCUACGGCGUAUUCUCAAUGGCUGGUACUUUGUACACAACAGCAUUGCUUUAUGGCCUUUUUGUAUUGAAAGAAGUUCCGCCAAAAGAAAUGAACGAGCAGCUCAUCAAGAAAUCAUUUUUGGCCGAUUUCUUCGAUUUUGGCCAUAUCAAAGAGACAUUUCUGGUGGCAUUCAAAGCACGUGUUAAAAACCGUCGCAUGAAAAUUUUGGCAUUAAUGGCUGUUGUUAUAAUCGUUGUUGGACCACAACAUGGUGAAAUGUCAUUAUUCUACUUGUUUACGCGUUACAAGUUCAACUGGAGCGAGGUGGAGUUUAGUUUUUUUUCGACAUAUAACAUGGGCAUACAUUUGAUUGGAACUGGUUUUGCCGUAAGCGUCUUGUCGAGUAUGUUCAAAGUGGAUGAUGCGUUAAUCGGUUCGAUGGCUAGUUUUUCGAAAAUCCUAUCGAGUUUUGUGUAUGCAUUUUCGCAAGUUGAAUGGCACAUGUUCAUCGGGCCGGUUGCUGAGAUAAUCGGCGGUGCUGCAUUCAUUGCAAUGCGUUCAUUGGCGUCAAAAAUUGUGUCAAGCAAUGAACUAGGAAAGAUUAACUCACUCUUUGGAAUUGUUGAAUCGAUUGCACCGCUGAUUUAUUCUCCUGUUUUGGCCGCCAUUUAUUCAGCCACCUUAACGAAAAUGCCGGGAGCAUUCUUCUUAGUUGGCGGAAUUAUGACCAUCCCUGGAGUUAUGCUUUUUAUAUGGAUUUAUACGAUAAAUCGAGCUGAGGCAAAAGAGAAAACAGCUGCCGAUAAUACACCAGUUGAUGUACAGAAAGCGGUCGAGGAAAAACAGUGCGAGAUGUAUUUACAAAAUGAGGGCCUGUCUGUGAUAUCCGACAUUAAAGGCUUGUAGACAUAGAUACGUGGUGAUACAAUUCGUGUGAUACAAAGCGGUGAUGCGUUACUGAUGUAUAAUGUUUUGCAGAUACAACGAUUACUAUUGAGUUGUGCCCUUCAAGUAUACCUUUUUAAGUUAUUUCUCAGUUAAUCAAUAUUAUCUAUAUCUUACUUGUUAUGUUAGGUCAUUUGAAUCGUAAUGAUUCACAAUGAAUUCCGUUUAUCCGACAUUUGUCAUAUUUUUACUAGAACAGAUAAAUUAGUAUUUUUUUGCUCUUUUAACGUGUAACUUCUUUUUUUAAUGUAAUUUUCUAAGAGGUUUAAGCUGAAUCAUCACAACAAAAAAAUGUUAGCCUAUUAGGCAAUGUUAGCUAAUGAAAAUGAUGCUUGAAAAACAAAAGAAUUCCGGAAAAUCAUGAGAUAAAUUGCAGAAAAGUUGAGAAAAAGAAAAAAAAAAUUAUGAAAAAUGCCGGGUUCAAAAAACCGACUAUGAUGUUGGUGAGAUUUUGUUGGUUGCGAUUGUACGAUUGAGGCAUUUGAAAUAGAAUCUGGGACAAUAAACAGAUAUUUUGCGGUUAAUUAUCACACCAUCGCAUCUCCAUAAGACCAUUUGUCAAAGGGUAGAACAUUGUGUGGGAUUGGAAUGAACACAAUACACUUUCUCAUAAAGGAAAAUAUUCAAUUUCUUGACGUCAUGCAAUAUACUUGCAUGAAUAAAAUACUGCGUUUUAAUAAAAGAAUGGGAAAAUGAUGUGGCGUAGCAUGGCAUGGCAUGGUAGUGUGUUGGAAAAGUUCUUAUCGCUCACCUCGCUCUCGUCGUUAACGGUGAAUGCUUAUCUUAAUGUUGGGGUUGGUUCGCUCAUAUGUUGUUUUGAUAACCGCAGCAACCUCAAGAUGGGAACCGCAUUCUCUUCACCAUAAUUAUCAAUAAUGCACACAGCUCAUUUUAAUACAACACUUCGUUUCGGUCGAACAAAUAUUUGAUUCGACACGAAACUUUUUUCAGAUGAAUUUUGUGCACGUCCAAAUAGAACGCAAGCAAACGGUGGGAAGAAGGCAGUCGAGAAAGGGCGAUAUCUCAUUUGAAAUCUCGAUUGAACUAGUUGCCGAAAAUAAGCAAUGUGCAAAAUACUGUGUCUCAUUCUAAAAUUGGAUAUUGAUUUUGCUGCGGGCAAUGACGAACAUUGCUCGGAUUUUCUCUUUCUAAAACGAACAAAUUUCGAGAUUUCACCGUUAUUUUGUUGCUGUUGAUGUCAGUGCAUUCUUUUUUCAUGUACUUCAUAUCUAUUGAAUGUGGUUUGAGUGCUUGGAAACGGAUUUUCAUUGACAAAAGCCGGAUUUUCACAGCGUUUUUAUAUUUCCGAAAGCAGUAAAAAGCAAUACCUUGUUAAAUUGGAGGAAAACUCUCUUGAGGUUUUUUUUUUCCUCGCUCUUGCUCUUUGAAAAGAAAGAGAAUGAAAUUUCGUAAUAGCCUUCAUUGAGAUAGGAGGGCGCACCACUGAAAAGUUGCAUCGUUUGAUAUGAUAAAGUAAAAGAAUCACGUGUUGUGAAAAUCCCCCAAAAAUUAUUAUUAUUAGAGGAAAGAAAAGCAUACGCCAAUAUUGGAAUUCAAGCUAAGUUCGCACGCGAUGUGAUUGGAAUGCGCUGCCAUUGAAAGCCAAAGGAGCCGCAUUAAUAGACCAAAAGUUAAUAACGAUGUUUUGUCGGAAUUCGCAUUGUGAAAAUUGAUAGCACCACAUAAAUGCUGAUGAUUCUUCGAUGUAGGCCACAAAACUUAUACGUAGAACCGAGAAAAAAAAACUCGAUAUUGAGCCGUAUUUAUUUGAAUGAUUCAAUGUCAAUUUCAUUGUGUUGACAAUCUAAUCGAAUAUGUUUCCAAUCGAAAGACGAGUAUUAAAGUUUAGGCAAUUUUAGUUGAAAGUUUUUCUUCCAUAUUUCAAACGCUUUUUUUGCGUUUGUAUUCAGCAAAUGCAACCAAAAAGGAAUUAUAGGAUUUUCUUAUAUAGAUUCGGCUUUGAUAUUUCAAACGAUUAUAUGUGUGCUGGCAUAACGCGUUUCCCCAUAGGCUCAUUGGUUUGGUGGCAUGCUUUGAACGUGCCAUCAAAUUGACAUCGUGAUUCGAAAAACUUAUGCUCGAUUAAAAGAAAUUCCACAUUCUAUAUGCAGCGACGCACAAUGAGCACACAAGUUCGACAGUUCAAUUGAAUUCAACCAGCAUAUUUGCUAGACUUCGAUGGCGGCUGACCUACUUUUCAUGGAAAAAAAAUUUGAUAAAGCUGUUUGACGACGAUCUUUUUCUUCGGAGUAUCGUAAUGUUUCCAUGGUAGAAAUCGUUUAUUAAAGUUGAUAAUAUCAAGUUUGAUGCUUUUGAAAAUUGGUUCGAUGUUUAGUUCGAUAGAGUAACAGUUUAAAAGAAAUGUUUAUUCUAACUCAGGGUAUCAAUUGAAAGGCUAUAUAAUUUCUUUCUGUUUGAACAUUUUAAGAUAUGUUGUGCUUGGUUGAUUUCCGAUUAGUUCCAUCAAAUGAAGGAGUUUGUGUUAUGCAACAUUAGCUUUAACGUGAGUUGAAAAAAAAAAAAACUUUAUCAAGAACAUGUAUAAGUCAACUUAAACUAUGAACAGCUGUCAAUUGGUUGAAUAAAAACUACACAUUCGUGGCACUCGAA